ACACCCUUGAGGAAGAGCAAAGCCCACGGCUGACCUUAAUGCCGCCGGACGACUUCUAUGCGAUCGUCUCCGCUGAGCCCAACCCACCGCACACUUUGACGCUUUGGCAGAAGGACCUCCCAUCGCAAACAGCAAUACUCCGAACCGACCUACUGCAGCUGUGCACGUAUUGCAGGGUAGAGAUGGACUCCCCUAUGGAGGGAGCACUCCACUGCUACGCUCAUGGAAAUCUUCAUGUCUCCUCAUGCUUCCAACACUGGCCUCGAGAGCUGCCUUGCAUUUGGAAAGAGCCCCGAACAGGCAGGUUUUUGAGCUCCACGGUUCCCGAUGGUGGUCACGUCGCAGGUAGUCACGUCGCAGCUGACAGGACUCAACAACCGCCACAUACUUAGUGGCGAUAGUGCUGAACAGCGCCCAACGCUUCUCCGUUCUCCGACGCCGCCAACGGUGAAGCAUACGCCACGACCGUUCAACCUUGUCACGCGGAAAGUUGGCGCUGGUGGCAAAGAUGAAGACCACUGCGGCGGUAGUGCAAGAUUCCUCUCGUCACCGUCUUCUGCGACCGGUGCGGAUACGGCGACGGCGAUGAAGCCAGUGUUCUCGGGAAUCCCCG